UUUGUGUCACACUGAAACAGAGACAUUCAAUCAAAAGUUUAUAACUGCUUUGAAAUGGGUUGAUCAUUGAGCUGGUCAGUUGUUGACGUUGAAAAAUGUUGCUCUCAGAGCAAUAAGUGGACUUUGAGGAGGAGACUGUUGAUUUAGGCGGCAGAAUAAAUGCGAUACCGGAGGAGAACAUUUGACAGUUUGAACAGUUUGUGUAGAUCAAUCUGACUUUUGCUUCGCCAGCUACAUGUUUUGAAUCAUGAAAUCAAAUCUAUUCGUUGUUUUUCUCUAUGUCUGUGUGAGUGUGGAUCGUUCAUCUACAGACAAUGUGGCUGAGCUCGAGAGCAAUAUCUUUUUGCAACCUGGACAGAGUGUAAGAGUGAUCUGUUCUCAAGGCUCCAUGACUGUUGAAAAUGGACAGAAUUCAAAAAAAGUUCUCUGUCAGACCAAUGAAAAAAGGUACUGCGGUCUGCCACCGGCCGCUGAGUCUGCAGAUGUCACCGACACUCUGAAAGACCAGUAUCAGGAUGGGGAAAGAGUGAAAUAUCAAUGUCAGGCAUUGCACACAAUCUCUGGAAAUCCCUACAUGACCUGCAGUGAUGGCCAAUGGACAGGAACAAUAAGAUGCAUGAAGUCCUGUACAGUCACAGCUGAGGAAAUGGAUCAGAAUAAGAUACACCUUGCCCAUGGUCCCCAAAGAAAAAUAUACUUGGCACAUUUGGAUUUUAUCUCCUUCAAAUGCAACUGGUGGAAAUCUCUGCAGGCAGACAGUCCUGGCCUCCGACAGCAGUGUAUUGACGGUGUUAUGCCUUUGCCUCGUUGUGCCUAAUUUUGGCCUUUCUUACACUGAUUUAGUUGAGUGUUUCUAAAAAAACUCGGAGAAGAAUCUAACCUUACUCAAAAGGAUAGGACUGUAUUUUGCUUCAUGUAGAAAUAAAUAAAAUUACU